CUUCCAUUAUAGUAGUAUUACUACUAUGUAAGCUUAGCAUAUAGUAACGAUAUAGUCGUUAACACCAGUCAAGGAUCACCUAAGGCUAUCAAUUAAUAAUGCUAUGUUACUGUACUACAACUGUACUGCAACGGGCGUUACUCUCACUGUGUAAUCAGCAAUGAAGUUAGAUUUACUGACUGACAGAUGUCUUGCGCUCAGCUUCUAUACUAUAUCAGAACGAUGGAAAGCAUUGACAUCUAUCUCCACCCAGACAUCUACAGGCAUCAAGCAAGUCAUCAUAUCUCCAAAAUCACUCACUUCAUACUAGUAGAUAUCACAUGGACUAGUAUCAUUCCUAACUCCGUAUCAAAACUCCCUAUCCUCACCCAGUAUACCCCAAACCUCCCCCCGCCUCCCGAGGUCGGAAGAUAUCGCAGCUUUGCAUACGAUAAUCACUUCCUUAUCAAUCAUCUCACAUAGUGUACCUAAGAAAUAAAAUGUGCCUUUUCCGUUUUGCUCAGCCCAUUCACAGAUAGGAAGUUAUCUGGCCAAGAGAGAUACCCGGAGCGGAGGGGAAAGGAGGGACCAGAUCCGCCCGAGGCGGAUAAUGCACCAUACUGAAGUGCGCGGCCCGCCACCCAGCCG